UUAUGUACUGAAAUCUGCAUUACGAUCAAAUAACACAUUUUACAUUAAUUUAAUAUCUUGCAAAAUUGUAAUAAUAUUUUUUUAAGAAAUAGGUAUCUACUUGAAACAGAUGUUAUAUUAGAUUAAAACGUAAUUUUGUAAGCACUGGUGAUCAGUAACAAUUUGUUAUUCUAGAAGCAUAUUUUUGAAUUAUGAGAAAUAAGUCAAGAUGCCCCGUGAUUUACUGAGUGGUAGGCUGGAUGUUCUGAAGAUUGUAGAGCAUGAGGAUGAAGAACACUGGCCUCUUGAAGAGAAGACAUCUGAUAAACAAAACAAGAAAGUUGUUAAUAAAAUAAAUAACACAACCAACUCUCAGAGCUUUAUCAAGGAUGAUAUUGCCUGCUACUACAAUUAUGGGCAUGGUGAGGUGGUCCCAAAUUGUCAAUCUGAUCGGACAUACCAGUAUAAAACCAACAGUCUUCCAGCAACAGCAUCAAUAAACCAUCACUGGGACAAUUUAGUGUGUUCUGCACUCCGGGUAAAUCCUGAGGACAUUGCCACCCAAUUGUCACUGCUGGAUUCAGAAUGCUUUAAAGCUAUUCGACCACAAGAACUGACAACCUGUGGUUGGAUGAAGGCAAAUAAAGCUAUAGUUGCACCUAAUGUUGUUGCCUUUACUAAACGUUUUAAUAGGGUAAGUUUCUGGACAGUUCAGGAGAUUUUAAAUGGACAAACUGCUAAAGCCCGUGCAGAAACUCUGGCACAUUUUAUAAAAGUCGCAAAAAAAUUGUAUGACCUAAAUAAUCUUCAUUCACUGUAUGCUGUCAUCUCAGCCCUACAUAGCGCCAGUAUAUACAGACUGACCAAAACAUGGAUAUUGCUCUCAAAGAAGGACAAGCAACAGUUUGAUAAAUUAGCUGAAUUGUUUGGGGAAAAGGAUAACUGGACAGCACUCAGGGAAUACAUGAGAUUGGUUUCACUGCCAUGCAUACCUCAUUUAGGUAUAUUCCUCACGGACCUCGUGUACAUAGACAUGGCCCACCCGGCCCGCGUCGGGUCAACACAUCGCGAUUCCAAAAUCGCGGUGGUUCUGAGAGCUAUCGAGAGGUACCAGAGCUCACAGUAUGAUAUUGUGCCGCUGCCCCACGUCGCCAACUAUCUCAACAGUGUGCGGUAUAUUGAAGAAUUGCAGAAAUUUCUAGAAGACGAUCAGUACAAAUUAUCGUUAAAGCUGGAGCCCCCAUCUCCUGUAGGCAGCUGCUGUGGUUCAAAGGAGUCGGUGAAAGAUGUAGUUCCUGUGGGAUCGUGCACCCCUUACUCGCUGUCACCGUCACACCGCCACGGCUCCGGUUCCCUUCGCAUUCACGGCAGCUACUCCCAGGCCAAGUUCAUACCGACCCAUCGGAAAUGUCGAUCGUUAGGUUCUAAGUUUCGAAGCGCAAGCCUACCAAGAAACUUUCACAAGGUCAAUUUCGGUGUUGGUAUAUUUGGCAAGGGUAAUGCAGAAGAUAAGGACGGCAAGACACCGGCUGGUUCGGUCAAUCUGCUGGAUGAUACGUUAUUAGAAUCUCCGAGUGCUGUUGUGGAUAAGGCAUCCCAAUCGCUGCCCUUUCCGGACAGUAACGCGUCGUGCUCGAUGAACUGUGAUUACCAAAGUUACGUAAGACGGAAGACCCUGAUGAAGGAAGGUCGAAAGACGUCAUUGUCCUCCUGGCAACGGUACUGGCUGCAGCUCACCGGAAACAUCAUGAUAUUCUAUGCUGCCAAGUCCUUCAAAGGAACAAGUCGCGGUGACUUCAGCAAGGAGCGCUGUAAGGUGGUGAGCCUGCACGAUGGAUGGCGCGCCACGUGGCUGGAGAACGAGGCGGCUGACCUCUUUCAGCUGGAGGACCAGCGCGCGGCCACCGUCUACAAAUUCAAGACUGGAUCUGAAACAACCACCAAGCAAUGGGUGAUGAAGCUUAACAGCAUCACGAAUAGGAUGGUGCAACCUUUGCCAGGGAAUCUCAUGUCAUUCGAGUGACGUGCGUGCGACGUACCCUUCGUUAUAUAUUUUAUCAUUGUUUCCUUCAUCAAUUUACAGGUUAUUUUGUUUACACAACAGUUGGUUAAUUUUAUAUAAUAAUAAUAGGUACCAAAUCCACACAACGUCUCAGUUUAAAUUCAAAAACAUAAUUACAGUUUUAACAGAAAGGUACUCCAGGUGGAAAGAGUUAACGCAUUGGUGCAUCUAUGUAUUGUGCUUGAGACGUUAUAACGGUAGGUACCUUACCGAAACAAAAAAGAUUUUACCCAGUAAUGAAUUUUAAACUCAUGCGUCCCUAUUGUUGUGUUAAUCAUUUUCAGUACAAUUUCAGUAAAAUCUUAUUAUAGCUAUGAAAUAAUUUUAUUUAUUUUUAAGGUUAAAUUUCGUGACAACCUUGAAACGUCUUUGUUUAUGUUGAUAUUAAAAGCGAUGAUAAUUAAUAUAAUAUGUUCUAUAAUGUAUUUAUGGUUAUCCGGAGACUUGUUAUUAGUUUAGUGUGGGGAACUAUAGAACUUAUUCAAAAUAUUCAACAAAGAGAACAUUAAAUCAAAUAAGAGAUAAUAUCAGAAAAGUGACGGCUAUGAACAACACAGCUAGCUGUACCAUAGUCUAUAAUAAACAGGGAAUUAUUUUUUGUUAAUAUGAUACUUAACUGCGCUCCGCUAUUCCCCGUUGAUAACAAGCUCGAUCGAAUUAAUUAUUACUAUUCAUACUUUUUGUAUGGGGUUACGAGCUAUGCAUCGAUCAAUCACAUGGACCGAGCAAGAACGUUGAUGCUUGAGCUAUAUUUUCAACUAAAAUGACUAGAUUUUAUCAUAUACUUAAAUAUAAAUACAAAUGUCUUCCAUAUUGGUAGGCAAAGGUUUUAAACUUCCACUUGCCACUCUGCUGAUACACUUCCGUGGCUUCUUGCAAUCACACCAAACUUUUUGUACCAGUUAAUACCGUUACCCAUGAUAUGUACCCGCGUACGCGUAGCUCAACAUUCCCAACAUUUCCAUUGACAAUCUCCAUGAAUUUUCUCCAGUCAAGCUACAUUCUACCUCUACAUGAUCAAACCAAAUCAACAUUCCCUUACUUACACUGAAUCUAUUAAUUCCAUAACAUAACACAAUAAUACAAGAUACAAGUUGAUACAAGAUUAUUAAAACUAUUAUGAGAUAGUUUAGUGAUUCGUAUCGGUCGUGUUUCAGUGUUCUCUGUUUUUAUAAAUAAGACUUGUAUAUAGCUCGUGACGUUCCAUUCAGACAUGUCUGUCUAUUAUAUUAUAUAAUUGUUUGUAUAGUGCUUGCCAUAGAAUAAGAAAUGUUACAUAAGUACUAUUAAAUGUAUAAGUUAAUUAUAAAAUUUAUUUCAAGUGUAUUACUGUAUCACUUUCUCAGUGUAAACGAAAUGAAUAUUAGAAUUUUAAAGAUAAUUAAAUAUUCUUUCUCUAAAUUUCUCUCAAAUAUAUAAGAUCUUAAUGAUUAUAUAACAAAGAAAAAGAAGUACAAUUCAAGUAUAUUAACUAAAGACGCUUGCGCCGAAUGAAUCGACGUCGGUCAUUCGAUCGUUCGAAGUCACGCCAAUGUAGCGUGAACCUUUGUAAUAUAAAUUGCUUACAGAGUCACCUCAACGAGCGGCAUAUCCGUACACUAAUGAUACAGCAAUAUGAAUUUGUGAAUCUUAUAUUUCUCCGUUUAAUUUGCAAAAUCUUUUACAUUUAUUGCACUCAAUCAUAAUCAACCACAGCGUCGCUUAAGUUAAGGCGAUCGUGCUGAAUUUUAGAUCAUAGAUCAUGAAUCUCUGGAGAUCUUAUUACUUAGUAACUGAGAUUAUUCCUUAACUUAUUCUAGAACGCCAAUUGAGACAAUUAAGUGAUGUUACUCGAAAGCAGCUGUUCACGAACCGCACACGCAUCACACCUAAUCAGGUAUCAGCCCGUUUUUCGAUAUGGACCUUGUUUGAUAACAUAAUUUAUAAUUUUAUCAAACCUUGUGGCCUGAGGUAAGUAAGUUACGUAUAAUAAUCUCAGUAAGUCUGUGUACUGAAUCUAUGUUCUCAUUAUUUUAAAGACUUGAAUCCAUGUCUUUCUUUACUCGAAUAAUUGUUAUAUUUACGAAAUCACAAGUGUAUCUUUCAAACCGUCGCUGAAUUAAAUAAAUUUAUCCGAACAGAUAUUUGGUCUUUUAUAGUGCUACGAUGUAUGGUACUACUAACUUGGACGGAAAAGUGAUAAGCACGUCUACUUUACAUGCUUAAAGACGAGAAUCGGUACGUCUUAUGUUUAUUUUCUUUAUAUAUAUUUAAUAUAUCAGUAUAUAUAUGUAAAGUAAUUAAGAAAUUACAUCACAAGUAGAUCUGUCUCUACACCGCUCUGAAUAUAAACUAAUUAUUACUUUGAAGGUUACACGACAGUUAGUUUUAAUUAAUGAAAGAUAUAUCAAUUUUAAUUUUUUAGGAUGAUGUUUCAGCAGCUCUUAGUCUACAUUUAUGUACAAUGAGUUGCAUUAAAAACUUUUAAAUAUUAACACUGUUGUAUAACUUAUUAUGGUUGCUAAACUUAAUUGUUAGAUUAAAAUAGUAACGAGAUAUCCUGGUGGGGAUUUUUGAUAAGCUUUACAUAUUCCAGAACGGUUGCAACCACAGAAAUAAAUCGAGAUAUAAUGGUUACAAUUUUGCCUAAAGUUUCGCGCGUGUCACUGCUCCACUACUCAACUAAGGAGUCAUACAUUUUUUUUAACUAUCGACAGUUAACUGUUACGUCACUUCUAGCUCUCUUACUUUUUAGUGCACGAAAAAUGUGAAAUGGCAUGACCACACACCAUUAUAAACUUAAAUCCCCGAUAUUCUCGAGUUUGUAUGUUUGUAUGUCGUAUUUUGGUUGUUUUCUCUUUCUGUUUCAUUUAUAGCAUCUUGUUUUUGCCUUUCAAAUGCGUAAUAGUCGUCGCGUUUGUUACGGAUGGCUAUUUAAAACUCAGUUUAAAUUUGGUUUUUAAAACUUGCCGAUACAACCAUUCUGUUGCUAUUUGACUAGGAGUUCCCUUUUCUUUCAUUGCGAUGAUCAUAAAACUUGCAAAAUCGUGAAAUUUUUAAGUAUAGUGAUCAUAUUAAAAUCGCAUAACUAAUUUAAGCUAAUUUAGUGAAUCGAUUACCAAUUUUCAAUUGUAUACAUAUGUUAGCUCGCUCGCUCGAUUUGAUUGUUAUACAGCCUGUUGAAAAUGUUUUGGGUGCCUACAUUGUGUUCGACUUCAUGUCAACUUGUAAGUUAUAUUAAGUUACGAUAUUACAUAUUUUUUAUUUGUAUUAUUCUUAUAUUACCUAUGGUAAUGUUUUAUUUUGUUUCGUUUUACAUUUUCUUGUUAUAAUUAUGAGGCUAUGUUUAUUAUUAUUUCUAUGGGAAUACCCUGAUUAGUUAGUUCAUCGGUAUUCAUUUUGUAUAAAUACUCAGCUAUUGAAAAAAUAAAUCUUGUAUUUUUAUA